AUGCGGUUUUCAGAGACUUCAGACACAUGUUCAAUUUUAGAGCUUUCUGUAAACUCUUCAAGUCCAUGGGUGCCAAUUAAACCUAUCAGGGUCAAUUUAGUUGUUGGCCCCGAUCGACUGGUAUUUAAUCAUAGUUGUACGUGGACGAGAGGCCCGAGGGUUUCCCAUGUUAAAUUUAGUUUUAGGUGCAAGUUGUCAGAUUUAGGAAAACAAUCCAGUAGCUUUCAUAAACUAAGGAGGAUAGACCGUCUUCUGCCUUUGGCUUCUGCUGAUGAUGGUGUGACAGUUAAUUCAAAACCCCAAGCAAGAACUGGCGAUGAGAUUGGGGGAAAGAGGUACAAGUUAGAUGAAUCCUUGAAGGAUGAGGACUACAGUACUGGCAUGGUUCAGUUGCUGCAUGAUGCUGCCAGGGUGUUUGAGCUGGCAAUUAAAGAACAAAGCUCUGCAUCGAAAACAUCAUGGUUCUCAACUGCCUGGCUUGGUGUGGACAGAAAUGCUUGGGCUAAGGCACUCUCUUAUCAGGCACAAAAUUUGAAUUUCAAAAAUUCUUUUAGCUGUGCUAUUUUGCUUAGUAGAUUUCUUAAAUAUUCUUUACUACAACAGAGAUGGAUCAAAACAGCGGCUGUUUAUUCUCUUCUGCAAGCAGCAAGUGAGAUUUCAUCUCGAGGAGAUGGAAGGGACAGGGAUAUCAAUGUUUUUGUGCAGAGGAGAAAUAUAACCCUUCUAUUUCACUACUGUAGCAUAUCACGGCAAUCUUCUCCUUUAGAGAGUGUGAUCAAUGAUAAGCUGUUAGACAAACAGCCUGAAGCCUAUGACUGGUUUUGGUCUGAGCAAAUCCCAGCUGUGGUGACGAGCUUUGUUAAUUAUUUCGAUAAGGAGAAACGUUUUGCCCCUGCUAAUGCUGUGUAUAGAAAAGGUUUGUCUGCAGUUUCUGGCAAUUCAAGUGACAUAUCUCUUCUCUUGCUUGCACUUAGUUGUAUAGCAGCUAUCAUGAAACUUGGCCCUACAAAAGUUUCUUGUGCUCAGUUCUUUUCCAUUGUACCUGACAUAACUGGUAGAUUGAUGGAUAUGCUGGUUGAGUUUGUUCCUGUUGGCCAAGCUUACAACUCGAUAAAGGAAAUUGGCAUGCGUAGGGAAUUUCUGACCCAUUUUGGUCCACGAGCAGCUGCUUGUAGAGUGAAAAAUGAACUCGAUGCUGAGGAGAUUGUAUUUUGGGUGAGUCUAGUACAAAAGCAGCUGCGGCGAGCUAUUGACCGGGAGAGAAUAUGGUCCAGACUCACGACCAGCGAAAGUAUUGAGGUUUUGGAGAGGGAUUUGGCUAUAUUUGGGUUCUUCAUUGCCUUGGGGAGAAGUACACAGUCGUAUCUCUUCGCUAAUGGAUAUGAAACUCUGGAUGAACCAAUUGAAGGAUUUAUAAGGUAUCUAAUUGGAGGCACUGUGCUUUAUUAUCCUCAGCUGUCAGCAAUAAGUUCUUAUCAACUGUAUGUGGAGGUUGUUUGUGAAGAGCUAGAUUGGGUUCCUUUUUAUCCAGGCAGUAGUAGCAACUCCAAACGGACUAUUGCACACAAACGUAAUGAAGCCCCUCCCAACACUGAAGCUAUUGCCUUAGUCUUAGAUGUUUGUUCGCACUGGAUCGAGAGUUUCAUCAAGUACAGCAAAUGGCUUGAGAAUCCAUCUAAUGUUAAGGCAGCUAGGUUUCUUUCCAAAGGGCACAACAAAUUGAAAGCAUGUAUGGAAGAGCUGGGAAUUCAAAAGAAUCGUUCAUCGGGUGAUAAAGAGGCACAAUUGUUUGAUAAGGCACUGGAGAAUGUUGAAGAAGCUCUUCUACGGCUCGAAGAACUGCUUCAGGAGCUGCAUGUAUCAAGCUCUAGUUCUAGAAAGGAGCAUUUGAAAGCUGCUUGUUCAGAUCUAGAAAGGAUACGGAGACUGAAGAAAGAAACUGAGUUUCUUGAAGCAUCUUUCCGAGCUAAGGCAGCAUCUCUUCAGCAGGGAGCUGUCAGUGGCCUUAGACCUCCAGUUGGUGAGCAGCAACUGUACUCCAGAGAAAAAGGUAGUAAGGGUGCGGAUGCUGAAACUGAUGGAAGCCGCAGCUUUCGCGGAUUAUGGGGAUUCUUCAUACGCCGGCCGAAUAAAUUCUCUGGCCCGAGCUCGUUAACUGCAAAUGAUAGUCAGAAUGAUGGGAUAGUUGAACAAGAAAAUACAAAUAACGGAAUAACUGAAUCAGAAUCAGAUGAAAUUCAGCGCUUUGAACUUUUAAGGAGUGAAUUAAUGGAACUUGAGAAACGAGUCCAAAGAAGUGCUGACCAAUGUGGACACGACGAGGUACAUUGUGUCUCCUUUGUGGUUGAGUAUUAUCAGGAAGAAGUUCUGGUUAAAUAUGACACAUCUACACAUAAUGGUGAUGCUAAAGGCUCUGUGUUGGUAGCAGUUCAAAAGAAAGACAGUAUUAUUGGGAGAUCUCUAGACAAACUGAAGGAGACAAGCACAGAUGUCUUGCAAGGCACUCAGCUUCUGGCUAUUGAUACAGCUGCUGCCCUGGGGCUCCUUAGGAGAGUGCUAACCGGGGACGAGCUUACAGAAAAAGAAAAACAAGCUCUCAGAAGAACAUUAACUGAUUUGGCCUCAGUAUUGCCUAUUGGCUUUCUCAUGCUCCUUCCUGUUACUGCAGUUGGUCAUGCUGCUAUGCUGGCAGCUAUUCAACGCUAUAUGCCGGCAUUGAUACCUUCGACAUAUGGACAAGAAAGGUUGGAUCUGUUGAGGCAGCUGGAGAAAGUGAAGGAAAUGGAAGAUGAGGUGGCCGUCAAUGAACAUUCCGACGAUGAGUAAAAAGUAAAAACCAAACCAGAGCUUUCUUAGGGAUUCUGGGUUAUUUCUUGAAUGGGCUUCCGUUUGUGGGGUUAUUUCUUGAGACCAUCCUUUCUUAGUUCUGAANUUUUAAGAAAA